AUGAAUAAGAUAAUAAGAAGCGCACUAAGCUGCAGUAACAUUCCCAGAACUGAUUCUGAUACUUCACUGGCAACUGAACCAAAAUGCACAGUUGGGGAUUUAGACAAUAAUCCACAGCAUAUAUUUGCAGAUGAAGUACAUCUGUAUAUUCUACCAAGAGUAUUUGAAAACAUGCAUCAGGACAAUGGACUUAACAAGCUUGAAAUAGGAAUGGAAAUUGAUGAAGAAGCAAUUUCUAAUGAAAUAGACGGAUACUUUGGCCAAUUUAAUGGUCGCAUGAUAAAACUAUCCGAGAGUGAAUUAUCAUCUGUAUUACAGAAAAUACUGCUUAGGAAUGUGAAGUAUAUAGUAAAUGGCUCAAGUAAUGCAAUGCAUAAUAAUUUAAUAAAAGAAAUAGCAUCAGUAAUUGUGGAUAAUUCUGUAUCCCGUUUUAAUAUCGUACAGACAUGUAUACUGGAUAUUAAUAAUAAGUGUGGAAAAAGCGAGGAUGUUCAAACAUACAUAGACUUAUCCAAGAAAUUAUUAAUUAACCCGAAUUUACUAUCACAGAUGGAUCAUACAUUACUAAAAGUUAAUAAUUGGUAUAAUUAUGUACUUUCACAUAAGGAUAUUAAUCAGCACUACUACCUUACAUAUGCAGCACAGCUAAUAAAUGAAAAACUAUUUACUAGUUCUAUGAUGAGCAGUGCACUAGAUGAUAUUAACAAAGUAUUUGCAAAUAAUCUAAGUGUAACUACUCAACUGGCGGUAGCAGAGAUUGACUUAUUUGAGAGUAGGGCAGAUGGCAUGACUCAUCUUGACUAUGCACUUGCUUUAUUAAUGAAAUACCGCUGGGAGAUAGCUAAUUAUUAUGAAGAAAAUGGAAUAAAAAUGAAAGAGUUUGUUCUUUCAGAGUAUGAAGAGCAAUUAUUGCGAAGGUUAUACAUAGACAGAAAGCUGGUAUGCAAGGUGUUUAAAUCUAUAAGAGAAGUAACAAAAGACAGCGAAAAGUAUGUUGACUGUGAUUCAAUUAUAUCAAACUCACUAUUCAGGGAUUCUAGUGUGCCUGAGAUUAAAGAUCCAUCUUCAUUUAAGUACAGAGAUAAGUCAAUCAAUGCUCGCCUGGAUAAGGCCUUAGAGAAUCAUGCCGAUUCACCCUUUACAGCUAGAAAUUACAUUAUGAAUCGAGUAGACCUAUAUAAAAACCUUGUAUCUGGGCACAAGAAGCAAGAGAAUAGUAUAAAAGGCAUUCAAAAAGUUAUUAAUUCAGUUCUAAGUGUCUCUGGGAAAAAGGUAGUUGUUGGUUCAUUUUUAGGAACAAUUUUGUUUACUACUACUCGUUUUUGUUCGAAAAUCCCUCUCCAAAAUUGGUCUAAAAAUAGCACUAUAAAUGGGGGUCCUCAGACUGGCAGUGGCAUGGAACGUAGUAAUAGUUUCGUCUAUGAAAGCAUGAAGGAGAAUCCGUCUAGCCGCCAUUAA